AUGUCUGGUCCCCAAGCUGGUAACCAGCUCAACAUUGAUCGCUAUGUCGUGAUCCACGUCGCAACCACUUGCGAUGAGCAUGGAGUCUACGUCACCAAGGACUCUGCCGAGGUUAUCGAGCUUGGCUGGAUCCUCCUUGACGCAAAGUCUCUUGAGGAGAUCACCCGCGAGAGCGUUCUUGUCAAACCCAUCAACACUCCGAUCACACCCUUGUGCACGAGCUUGACGACCCUGACGUGGGAACAUGUGCGUAACGCCGGAACCUUCCGCGAUGCCAUCAACCGAUUCGACACGUUUGCCAACGAGCACCUGACCUCGCAAAAUCUCGAUUUCGUCUUCGUUACGCUUGACGCCUGGGAUCUCCGCGUCCAGUUGCCCCGGGAGGCUCGAGACAAGGCCGUAGUGCUGCCUCCGUACCUCCAGCACUCUCGUACUUUCGAUUUGCGAACCGAGUACCAGCGAUGGCAGCAGCACCACCCCGAAUCGCUGCCCUUUGGGCCCUCGAUGCUGUCCAAUAUCUGUGCCGCCUUGGAGGUGGAGCCGGUCCAGUCCAGUGCUCCAAUCAAGCAUAACCUGCCUUUCCACCUUCAGGCCCUGGCUCCCGCGUCCCCUCGCCGUGCUAUGGAGGAGGCCGUUACCCUCGCCCGUGUUUUGAGAGGCCUGAUUCGCAAGUCGCAGCCCGCCCACGAGCACCCCGAUGUCUUGACACGCCCCAUGGACGCUCGCGCCGAUGUGCGUGCGUUCUUGUCGGAGCGCAGUAAGGUCCUCCAUAUGUCUGGCCUGCCCCAUGACACCACUCAAUCCGAGCUUGAGAGCUGGUUCACCCAGUUUGGCGGUCGCCCCAUUGCUUUCUGGACCCUGCGAACCCCUGAGCAGCAUAAGCCCACAGGCAGCGGUUUCGCCGUCUUCUCUUCCCACGAGGAGGCUGCUGAGAGCCUGUGCAUGAACGGUCGUGCUCUUAACGAGAAGGCGAUUGAAGUGUCUCCGUCCUCCAGCCGCGUCUUGGACCGUGCUGCUGAGAUCCUUACCCCGUUCCCGCCCAGCAAGAACCGCCCUCGUCCUGGCGACUGGACUUGCCCCUCGUGUGGCUUCUCAAACUUCCAGCGACGAACUGCUUGCUUCCGCUGCUCGUUCCCGGCUGUGAGCGCUGGCCCUACCGGCGAUAUGGGUUACGGCUAUGGAUACGGUCCACCAGCCAUGAUGCCUCCUCCCCAGCACCACCACGGACACAUGGGUCACGGUGGUGGGCGCAUGGGCGGAAGCGGCGUCGUCCCGUUUCGCGCCGGAGAUUGGAAGUGUGGCAAUGAGGUCUGCGGUUACCACAACUUUGCUAAGAACGUUUGCUGUCUGCGAUGCGGCGCCAGCCGUGCUGGUGCCGCUGUCGUCGCCGACUCUGGUGGCUACCCUUCCCCCAUGGACCCUCCCUCCAACUACAGCAUGAGCCAGGGCUCGAUGAGCGGCACCCCUGGACCUGGUCCUUUCGCUUCGGCCGGUGGCGGCUUCGCAUCUGGUGGCGGCUACGGUGGUCAGCAUUUCGGUGGCCCCCCCAGCACCUACGCUCUCCCCUCCGGCAUUGGCGGUGGCGGCGCUGCCCCUUACCCUUCUUCCCUCAACACCCACUUCGGACCGGCCCCCGGAUCCCACUCCGCCGGCCCUUUUGACAGCCGCGCCGCUGAGGCUGCCUUUCAGUCGGCUUCCAACGGUCCCGCGUCUGCUGGCCCCUCGAACAACUUUUACUCGCAAAACGAGAACGACCCUUUUGCGUUCCUUUCCAGCGGUAUCGGUGGUCUGUCCGUCAGCGGCGGCGAUGCUCGCCAGAACGGAGGAGUCGCGCCUCCGAGCAAAUCUCCUGCCUAA